GACACUGGUGUGGGCAAAUCAAGUAUUGUAUGGAGAUUUGUAGAAGAUAGCUUUGAUCCCAACAUCAACCCAACGAUAGGAGCCUCAUUUAUGACCAAGACUGUACAGUAUCAAAAUGAGCUGCAUAAAUUCCUAAUUUGGGAUACAGCUGGACAGGAGCGAUUUCGUGCUUUAGCCCCAAUGUAUUACAGAGGGUCAGCUGCAGCCAUUAUAGUGUAUGACAUCACAAAAGAGGAAACUUUCUCAACAUUAAAGAACUGGGUUAAAGAGCUUCGACAGCAUGGACCUCCAAACAUUGUUGUAGCUAUUGCAGGAAAUAAGUGUGAUCUUAAUGACGUAAGAGAAGUCAUGGAAAAAGAUGCUAAAGACUAUGCAGAUUCCAUUCAUGCAAUAUUUGUAGAGACAAGUGCGAAAAAUGCAAUAAACAUUAAUGAACUCUUCAUAGAAAUAAGUCGCAGAAUUCCAUCAACUGACACCAACCCCCCGUCUAGUGGUAAGGGCUUCAAACUUAGAAGACAGCCAUCGGUGACAAAGCGCAGCUGCUGUUGACUGAUCCCUUCAAAAAUCAGACUUGUUUAUACAGUAGGUGGUCUUGGAAGUUAAUAGUUCACGUUGGGUUUAUAUUAUCAGUCUUAGAUCUUUAUCUGCUGGUGUUCAUACACCCAAGGUCCCACAAAAAUGGACCAGUUCAUCUGACAUCUGUACACUCGCAGAAGAGACUGCAAUCGUAAUGUCAGCCUGUUUACUUAAAGAAAGUGUAGUAUCUCUUGCAUUCAAAGGGAAUCCAUCAUCACUUUUUUGGCCUUGCUUGAAAGGAAGGUGACUAUGUGGAUGGUAGAACUGAAAUGUUUAAUAGUUUUGUAAUCAAGAUUUUAGGGGGGGAUUGUAAAAAAGGGAAAUGAGCACUUUUGUGGGAUUUAGGGGUGGGAGAAGUCUGGAAGUUAGAUGUCGUUUCUUCCUUUUCUUCAGUGAGCCUUAUUUUAAAUUUAAUUGUAGCUAAUCCAAAGUACAAUGGGACAGUUGAUGUGAGGUGGCUACAGAAUAAGCAACUGAAGACAAAUAAUAGGCAAAUCAGUCCAUCCAGUCCCUAAAUCCCAUUUGCACUUUUUAUUUAAAGAUGAUAUGCGCCAAGGGUGGGGACACAAGCAACAGAUCU